AUGAGAACCCCCAUCAUAUUCUCUUUGGCCUUGAGCGGCCUCGCCUCUGCCUCUGCCACAAUCUCAGGCUUUGAUAUUUCGAGCUACCAGCCCAACGUAAACUUUGCGAAAGCUAAAAGUUCAGGGGCAGGGUUUGUCAUCAUCAAGGCUACCGAGGGCACUAGUUACAAAAGUCCAUACUUCAGCACCCAAUACACCGGUGCCACGAAUGCUGGGCUCAUCCGCGGCGGCUAUCAUUUCGCAAGACCCGGUUCCGGCUCCGGCGCGACACAAGCCAAGUACUUCAUCGCGAAUGGUGGAGGCUGGUCCGGUGACGGCAGAACCCUCCCCGGUAUGCUCGACGUCGAGGGCGACUGCGGCGGUCUUUCCCAAAGUGCCACCGUGUCGUGGAUCAAGGACUUCAGCGACACCUACCACAGCAGCACAGGGCGCUACCCCAUGAUCUACACGGAUCCUUCGUGGUGGUCCACCUGUACUGGCAACUCGAACGCCUUCGCCAACACGAAUCCCCUUGUCCUGGCGCGGUACGCUAGCACUCCUGGGACACUGCCCGGAGGGUGGCCGCAAUACACCAUCUGGCAGUUCAACGAUCAUUACAGUGAAGGUGGAGACUCAGACAUAUUCAAUGGUGACCAGGCCGGCUUGAGGAAACUGGCUACCGGCUAG